AUGGGUUUAUUACAUUACUUUCUUGGCCUUCAAGUCCAUCAAACUGAAGAGGGAAUAUUUCUUUUACAAAGGAAAUAUACUAGAGACCUACUCAAUAUAAAAUUUGGCAUGCUUAAUUGCAAGCUUGCGGCUACUCCAAUGAGUAUCAGUGAGAAAUUGCAGCAGGUAAAUGAAGAAGAAUUGACUUAUGCAAAGAGAUUCAGAAGCUUGGUUGGAGGUUUGAUAUAUUUGACGCAUACUAGACCCGAUAUUGCAUAUCAUGUUGGUGUUAUUUCUAGGUUUAUGCAACAACCUUCAAAGGUACACUAUGGGGCAGCAAAGAGAGUCUUGCAGUACAUUUCUGGAACUUUGGACUUUGGUAUUUGGUACUCCAAAACUGAUAAUUUCAGAUUGUGCGGGUACACAUAUAGUGAUUGGGCAAGUUCAUUGGACGACAUACGAAGUGUUUCGACGAAUGUUUUCACUCUAGGUUCAAGUGUGGUGACUUGGAGUUCAAAGAUGCAAGCUACAACAUCAUUGUCAACUUCAGAAGCUGAGUACAUUGCAACAACUUUAGCAGCUUGUCAAGCCGUCUAG